GGAGCUGAACAUCGCCCGCGCAAGACGAUCCCUGGCGACUUCCUCUCGUGCGCUACGGUAGUCCGUUUUCAUUCACUGGGCGUGCACAUCCGACCGUCAACGAAUGGCGCCACGUGGCCAGCAGAAGGCGAAACGUCCACACGGUGGUUCCGGCGAAGCAAGUGCAGGGCAAACAGGAAGGGGCCACAUCCCAAAGUCGAAGAAGCUCCGCGCGGGAGAUGGGUCAGAAGGAGAGAUGGGGGGUGACGGGGGAGAGGAGGAGACGCCUAUGGACAUCACUUCUAAAGGGAUGCCUGUGCUCGGGUUCGGGCGUGACGGUAUGAGCAGGCAGCGUAUGCUUGCGCUCACCAACCUUGGCGUCCCGACGUCCACGCGCGGCGACGGUGGCGGGACGACUCGUGCGCAAGGAGUUUCGUCCGGUGACAUUCCGCCGCAGAGGGCCGUGGGUUCUGCAUCCACCAUCGCAUCCGUGUCCGAGCACGGCGAAAAAGCUCCGGUAGAAGAUAGGAGGGUGGAAGAAGCGGGGAGAAAACAGGAGAGGAGGGAGGAGACUCCGCGCGGGGAAGAAGAGGACGACCAGCCUCUAAGCGCGAGGAAGAAAAGGUCCCGCCAAGAGGAGGAGUUGGAGGCGAAAUCGAAGCUGUGGGUAGACGGCAAAGCGUUCUGGGCAACCGGCCCCGGACGGAUGAUCGCGGACGCAGUGCAUUCCUGCGCGGACUACUUCUGCGCGAUCGUCAAUGGAGAUGCAGGCGCCAGCGCUCCGCAAGGCCUCAUGAUGCCGCCCCCCGAAGUCCCGCGCGUGCGGAUCGAAGAUGGCGCGCAACAAGAGCCAGCUCUCAGACGGGCGAGACGAACGGAGAACGUGGCAAUGCGCGUCAUCCACGGGUGGAUAUUCAGGUCGUCUUCAAGGUUCGAUGGUUUCGCCCGCGCGGAGUCCUACGUCGCCACAGAUUAMCCCACCGACCUGGCGAGAGCAGUUUGGCAGAGCUUCGAGUGGUCGAGGAUAGUGCCUCCCGCCGUAGUUUACCACACAGUAGCUUUGAAGAUGGACAUCCCAGUGUGGUUCGCCGGGGCAUAUAUCGAGAAUAGGCCGGAGGACGAUGACAUGGCCCCGCACCAGGAAGCGACUGUGAUGCAUAUUGCGUCAUGCUUCCACGACGCGCUCCGGGUUGGGCAGUGGUGGGACGGCGGUAGAUUGUCACACGAGAGACAUAGCAGAAUCGGGGAUGCUUUCCACCUGCUUCUCGCCGCGUGCAUGUGGAUCAUGCACAUGGGAGGCGACGAUGCGCGCUCCUACGACGAGGCGUCUUACUACGCGCAGCUGGUGGCGAAGCCGACUCUCGUGGCGGCGUGUUCAUCGUCCUUCGUGAUGCACUCGGCGAACGUGGUCUUGACUCGCCUGCGGAAGCCACCCUUGACGCUGGGCGCUUUCCCUAACUACAUCCCGGAGUGGGCUUCGUGCGGAGUGCGAUACAACUGCAACGUUGGUCUGGCGGACCCCGACGUUGCGGCGAGAGUGGACUGGAUGGGGACGGGACCUUUUGAAGCCGAUCGGAAGGAGGACGGGACCGAUGACGAAACGGGAGCAUAAGUGUCCUCGAUAUGGCCGUCUUGUGUGACAAGGAAGAAGGUAUCGCCCAUGUAGUGAAGCGGUCCGUCAUCAAGGUUUCGACA